AUGCUCCUAGUCGAUUUCGCCACUCGGCUCAGCCAACAUCACCCGCAACUGGCGUCGCGUCUGACAGUGACUCACCUUGUCAAAUUCGUCACUCUUGCCACCGAGGUGUACCACCGCGCCGACAAAGCCUUACAGUUCAACUCGCAAGACACACGAAUGCUCCCCUUUCUGCAGCUUGCGUUGCAGCUCCAGCUUGCGCUUAGCAAUUACAACGAUUUAUGGAAUCUCACUUUUCCUAUGCUCCCUUUCGCCCAUCUUAACCCAGGAGCCCUCAUUCGAAACCAUGGCCUCCACCCGCGACUGACGACAAAGGUACACGAAGUAUACCUAAUACCUCCCACCUCGACUUGCUUCAAUUGCAAUCGACGCUCGGGGCACAGCCUUCACCAACGACCCCGCAUCGAUGGCUAUCUCUACGAUCUGGAUGGCAUUCACUCUGCCGAGUUCCAUACCUGGGCUUGCCUCGACGUAUUACCGACCAUCGUAUUAUACCUCCAAAAAAAAAAGGUUUUACUAUACUCCGGAUCAGGGUGCGGACCCACUGCACUACCAGGUGCAUUGCCACUUUGCUAUGACUCAUCGACUCGCACAGUCAUUUCGCCAAUCCCAGAUGCUUGGGCAGAUCAACUCGUACCAACUCACUCCGCGGCCCAAAUUAUAUCUCACAAAAUGUCAGAAGAAUUCACUCGCGAUGCUCUCGAUCUGUUCAGCUUGCUGCGCCGAUACAACCGCCGCGGAGCUGUGGUAUCGGUCGUUGCGCAGGGGACCCAAGACAAUCGUUUGUCACCAGCAAUGGCCCGGGAGCUACAUCAUGUGGCAAAUCACGGGUCGAAAUACCGUGGCCACUUUUGUUCACUGUGUUUCAAAACCACCGAAGUGGUUCACGAAGGGCGCAAGGCGACUCUAGGGAUACGCGCGGUUGUGACCGAUGGACUAACCAUCGGUCAUUGGCGUUGCACUGUGUCCUCAGUUCAGCUCGAAGAUCUGGCUCAUCGAGCUGGUGCACCGCCACCCAAUGGACCGUGCCUCAAUCCACUCCCCAAGGUAACUUCUCGAUUUUGCGAAGAGCACGCGAAGAAAUUGGAAGGCUGGUGUGAAGCGCAACCAUGCACAGCGCUUGCUGCAGACAAUUCGAAGACUUGUUCGAACCCGGCUCAUGUACAAGCGAUGCAAGACUUUGAUAUUCGCAAGAAGAAGGCAUUUACCCUGAAAUCAAUGCUCAAUCGACCAGGUUCGAAUCUACCAUCAGACCCGUCUGUUCAUCUCAACCCCGACACGUUGGAAAUUAUCGAUUUGGAAAUGAUUUAUCAAGCUGACGAAGCUGAUCGUGCACAUGAGGCUGCCCGAGAUGGUGGCACAGCAAAGCCCAAAGGUGCGGCGUGUCUGAGUCGCAGUCGGACUCAUAAUGAUCAAACUGUCGUCGGGACCUGCGGGAUCUUCUUGGCUAGGCAAACGUUCUACAAUUCGGAGGCACCAAGCGCUCUGAGGGACUACCUGGUCGACACGUUCCCCAACGGCCUGCCCGAGGUGAUCUUUUACGACAACGCCUGCACCUUACUUCGAGUGAUUCACAACGGAGACAUUGAUCCCACCCCUUUUGCCAACACCAUCAUUCCCGUGGACCCUUUCCACCAUCGGGCUCACGCGCAGGGUGAUGAAUUCUGCCAAAUGUACACCGAUCCCAAGCUUUUUCCAGACAUACAAGAAAACGGAUCUUGGGUCUUUAAUGCCUCCGCGGGCGAAUUGGGUAAUAUCUGGUACGGUGGCUUCGCAUCCAUGUGUCGAAAUAUGCAAGCCACCCACUACGAAUUUUUCCUUGAAGAGAUGGUGGAGUACCGCAAUGAUUGGCUUAGUGAUGCAUUGGCUUGUCGUUCCGAUGUGAAAUUUAUUGGCCUGGGCAAGUUGUAA